GAUAGUAGACAAGGUGAAGGGGAUAUUCCUAUCAAUACCCCCUCGAGUAGUAGUGGUACUACAACGACAACGACCACUACUACAUCGACCAGCUCCACCACUUCGCCACAUCCACCUCCAAUGAGGAUGGACAGCAGCAACCAUAUACUGUCUGAGCGCGGCAUGUCCGAGCGAUCGGCCUCAAGCCGAAACCUCAAGGCCAAGCAGGGCCAGUCGUCAAGCAAUCUAAAGUGGAAGUGGAACAAUAAGGACAGUAAGCCAGGCAUGGAGCGCGAGAUGGCAAAGAAGAAGGCCGGACGCAAGGAGUCGGAGCGCAAGCUCAAGAGCAGCGGCAUGCUGAAAAAGAGAAACACCGUGCACGACUUCCACGACGAGGACCUGAACGAGGAGAACAUCACCGAGGGUCUGCCCAUCACUGAGGGCAUUGACCGCGAGGAGAUCAUCGACGGCAAGAUCAUGGCGCCACCCACCGAGACCCUGAGGGAUCUGUCGGCGCCCCACAUGGAGACUCUGAUCGACCCGGACAUGUCGCCCGCCGAGAUGGAGGAGAAGAUGCGCCAGUACAAGAUUCAUCUGGAGCAGCAAAAGACCACGGUUCGCGAGCAGGCCAUCAUCAAGAAGAAGUCACAGGGGCAGCUCAAGCGCAAGAUGACCCCAGGCAUGCUCCAGGACGAGUCGUUCGAGACGCUCGAGACCAUCAUUGGCGAGUCCAAGAAGGAUGUUGUCUUCGAGGUCAAGCCAUACUUCUCGCACUCGAUCCUGCAGGCCACCAUGGCCGUGUUCCUCGUAUGGAACUUGUUCUACUUUGCCUACCGUGCCGGCUGGACCAUGAACACGCACGACGUCUACACGAUGGUCUUCUCUGGCCUGUUCUACAUUGUCGAGUUCGUCUCGUUCUUGGCCACCGCGCUCCAUCUUAACAACUUCACCAACCCGUGCACAUUCCUGUUGGUGCUCAACCUCGAGCAGAUCUUGGCCAUCCGUCGCAAGCGUUUCCCCAACAUCAUGAUGUUCAUCUGUACCUACAAGGAGCCACCCUCAAUCGUCUCGCGUACCUUCCGUACUGCCAUGUCGAUGGACUACCCAUCAGAGAACUUGGGUGUCUCGUUGUUGGACGAUUCGAUCAACUUCCGUGAGUCGCGUGGCUGGGCACACUUGCAGUCGGUCGAGAAGAACUUCUUGUUCCAGCUGCUCAAGCGAUCGAUCUACGCCGUGCACCCAAUCUCGGCUCCAAUCAUGCAGGCCAGCCAGGACCCACACGGAAUCCUCGGAGACACCUCUGACCAGAUCGAGAAGUCCACCAAGGACGUGAUCGAGGCUGAGGUCCAAUGGUUCAUCGAGUUCUUCUUGCUCAACUCAUGGUUCGGUAUCAACCAGGAGGAGCCCCGCGAGGCCGACGACGAGGAGAAGACCCUGAUAGCCAGGUUGCGUGAGGACAACUUCUCGCCAUACCGCAGUUUCUCGAUGCAGGAGCGUGAGAAGAUCUACCAGUUCUCCAGCGAGUCCCUCCAGUCCUUGUGGCACGGAUCCGCCUUCUACCGCCCACUCGUUCGCUCGGUCCUCAUCAAGAAGGACUACGUGCGCAACUUCAUUGCCGAGCAGAACCGUGCCUUCCGUCUGCGUUUCCUCAACACUGAGGCCCUCGCCAUGGCCCAGUACCAUGUUCUGAUGCUCGGUCGUCAGGAGGUGCCAUUCGACGACGUGUCCACCGGUAACGUGCGUGUCGACUUUGAGUCGAGCGGCAGUGUCAUCAGCCCACGUUGCACAUACCUCCGUCGCCGUAAGCCUCCCAUUCCACACAACAAGGCCGGUAACAUCAACAACGCCAUCUUCAACGAGUCGACCAAGGCCGACUUCGAGUACAUGGGACUCCUCGAUGCCGAUCAGCAGCCACACCCAGACUUCCUCAAGCGUGUGAUGCCAUACUUCUACAGUGACGACGGACAUGAGCUCGCCUUUGUCCAGACUCCACAGUUCUUCAGCAACAUCUACCCAGUCGACGAUCCAUUGGGUCAUCGUAACAUGGAGUUCUACGGCCCUGUCAUGGAAGGUCGUUCAUCCAACGGUGCCUGCCCAUUCGUCGGUACCAACGCCGUGUUCAGACGUCAACCCCUCUACGACAUUGGUGGCAUUAUGUACAACUCUGUGACAGAGGAUAUGUACACCGGUAUGAAGCUGCAGGCCUCGGGCUACAAGUCCUGGUACCACAAUGAGGUGCUCGUCGUCGGUACCGCCCCAGUUGAUAUCAAGGAGACGCUAGAGCAACGUAAGCGUUGGGCUCAGGGUGCCGUCGAGAUCUUCUCGCUUACACCAUGGGGCCUGAUCAAGAAGAAGCUGGGCUGGAGAAAGAUGCUCUACAACCUUGACUCAUGUAUCUACCCAUUCCUCUCGCCAACUGCCUUCUUCUACGGUCUCUCGCCAUUGGUCAUGUGUCUGUGGACUGUUCCAAUCGUCGUCACUGAUCCAGUCAUCUUCAUUCUCGUCGGUAUGAUCCCAGUCAUGGUGUUGCCAAAGGUCAUCCAGUACAUGAUUCUCCGCGCACGUCGUCCAUAUGAAGCCGGCAAGAGUGGCCCAUCUUUGUGGGUCGAAGCCACUGAUCUCUGGAGAGCCGAGCAGACCUUCUUUGCCUUUGCCGGAACAUACGUUGCCGCUUGGAAGGCCGGCUCAGCGUCGAUCGUCCGUCUGAUCAAGUCUCGCCGCAUUAGCCGUCACAAGCUUGCCCUCUGGAACUGGAGACGUGACUUUGUCAAGCGUCCAGUGAUCGUAGAGUCAUUCCGUCAGGCCAAGUCGGCCAACGUCACCGAGCAGGAGGAGGCCCGCGGACCCAAGAAGGCCGAGCAGUCCUUCCGUACCUCCAACAAGGAGUCAGACACCAUCAAGAACUCCCGUCUGUUCCUUGCCAACCUGUUGCUGUUUGGCGCCAACAUUGUCGCCAUCCUGCUGACCAUGCUCCGUUUCAACUGUUUCCAGGACGAGAUGUGGCUGUUGGUGGUCGUUGCUGGCUUUGCCUUCUCGACCUGCUGGCAUCUGUGGUCAUUCAUCCCAAUGGCUCUGCGUCAGUCCGAGAAGCAGUGGCCAUACGCCUCAUCCUACCACGCACACAACAUCCUCAUCUUCCUCAUCCUUGGUUUCCUCGUUCUCCUCUUCGUCAAGGUCAAGGUGUGCAUCCCAAGAGUUGGCUAA